CUUCCGCUCCGGUUUGAUUUCUGUGCUCAACCAUAGGGUGGACUUUAAAACACACACCGUUGUUUCUCAUCAUCUUCAUCCUCCUCAUCCUCAUCACGAGUGCACGUGAUCACCGGUGUCUUUGAUGUUACCUAUAGAAACCUCGGGAGGAGUGUGUUUCACCGUCAGUCAGCACUCAGAAGGCCCGAACGGUAUGAAAACAGAGGAAAACCAGUCAUGUCUGCAGCAGGCUCCGUCUUCCACACCUUUUGAGCAUGUGGGCGGAGGUGAGGUGUGUGCAGGGUGCGAGUCGCCCAUCGCCGACCGCUUCCUACUGCGUGUGAAUGAUCAGUCGUGGCACGAGACGUGUGUGAAGUGUGCUGUGUGUCUGAGCACGCUCAGUGGGACGUGUUACUCCCGGGACCGGCUGCUCUACUGCAAACACGACUACGAGAAGUUGUUUGUGCGGAAAUGCAGCGCAUGCCUGCAGGUGAUUGGUCGCUCGGAGCUGAUCAUGCGCGUGCUGGGGCAGGUGUAUCACCUGGGCUGCUUCAGCUGCUGCGAGUGCGAGCGCCGGCUCCAGAGAGGUGAUGAGUUUGUGCUGAAGGAAGGUCAGCUGCUGUGCCGUGGAGAUUAUGAGAAGGAGAGAGAGAUGCUCGCUGCUAUCAGCCCCGCCCCCACCGAGUCAGUGAAGAGCGAGGAUGAGGAAGGUGGAAGCAGCACCAUGGGAGGAAAAGCUGGAGAGGACAGUAAAGAGCACAAGAGAUCCAAGCGGCCGCGCACUAUCUUAACCACGCAGCAGCGUCGCGCCUUCAAGGCGUCCUUCGAGGUGUCCUCCAAACCCUGCAGAAAGGUGAGAGAGACCUUAGCAGCUGAAACUGGCCUCACGGUCAGAGUCGUCCAGGUCUGGUUCCAAAACCAGAGAGCGAAGAUGAAGAAAAUCGCUCGCAGGCAGCAGCAACAGCAACAGCAGCAGCAGGAGCAGGAGCAGAUCGGCGGGAGCAGGAGGGGUCCGAGCAGAGGAGGACGACUGAGUAACGACGACAGCGAGGACGGUUCGAGCAGUCACGGGUUAGAUGGCAUGCUCUCGUACUCCUCCUUGCCACGACAGCAGCUCCUGGCUCUCGAUCCAAACCUGUACGGGGGUGAGCAGUUCCGGCACGGACUCACGCCACCACAGCUAGGCCCUGAGCAGAUGCACCCGUACGAUUCGGAAGCCGUUUUCCACGACUUGGACAGCGAUGGAAGCCUUGGUCACCUCGGCGAUUGUCUCUUGGCGACAGCAGAGGGAGGGGUGCUGGCUGGACGCGUGGGAAAUCCCAUUGACCGCCUGUAUUCGAUGCAGAACUCCUACUUCACCUCGUGACCCCUCUUCACCUCCGACCCCAGACUAACUCCACCGCAGUCCACAAGAGAAGCUGCAAACAAACAGACAAAGCCUUCACUCUAAAACCCAGCGUGUUUGCCCAACUAAUCCUGCAGGAUCUCUCAUCUCGCAAUCACACACCAGUUUACGUCAGUCACCGUCCUGUAGGAAUAACAAAACAUAAUGAUUUAAACAGCAAACAGGAAAUGAUGCGGUUUAGGGUUCGACUAGGAAUACGAUAAUUGUAUCCUCAUGCUUUAAUCAUUAUUAAUAAAACCAACACACACACACACACACACACACAUUUACGUCAUAGGCAUGCUGUAUAUUCAGUUAGGCAGCUGAUUGCCAACAUUUUACCUCAUCGUUCAUCACAAAUCAGUCAUUUGCAAAUAAAUAAAUAAGUAAAUACAUCUUGCAUAGGAAACCUUGCAUCUACAUCAUCACGUAUAAAUCAGAACGACAUCUUAUUUACAACUGAGUGCAAAAGUUUGUACACCCUCAGGUCCAUAUGAAGAAAUAAAGUAAUGUACAGCAAUAAGACAAAUUAUUACAGAAAGGAAAUGAUCCGAUCUUGUUGUUUAGGAUGUUCACAGUCAAACGCCGGUGGCUCAUCAGAUACACAUAUUUACUGUUAGCUCGCAUGCCCACGCUGUGCCCUUUUUUGCCUCCAACUUCAUUC